GUAAACCGUAGCCGGAGCCUCGGGGGCCGCUGUUCGGAGAGGCGGAUACAGGCGGAGGGGAAAGAGCCGCCGCCGCCGCUCGGGAUAUGAGAUUUUUACCUCAGAUGACUUUCAGGAUAGUAGAUCAGCCGUGGCGCUAGGAUCCCGUUUUUCCAGAUACAUUCCUUGAGUGCUUGUUCUCUCUGUGUGCGUUCUUCUCUGGCUCUUCCCACAACUCACUUCAGUGCCUGCAUGGAAUAAGCCAGUCAGAGGCGUCUUCCAGUCUCAUUUUGUCUCCAGUUUGUAAGAGGCUUGUAUCCAGGCAUUGUGAAGAACAGCAAGGUCAACUGCUGUUGGUUUUCAUACCUCUCCCCACUGUAAAUGAGUGAAGGGUUUCUCCUUUUGACAAUGAUGAAGACUGAAGGCAAAGGAGAGAGGACUUUAAGAAGUGCUUCUCCACACAGAAAUGCCUAUAAAGCUGAUUUCCAUGCUAUUAAGUGCAGUUUUGAUUCUGUGAACGCUGAUAAUGCUUCAAAGAGAUCUGGCUCCCAGCAAAAGCUGACUAGCUCAUCCAAUGGUGGAGGUAAUGACCCACAUGUUCGGGGCAGAGCUGUCACCUAUGGCAACAGGGUACACAAGAUCAAAAAUAUGUUCAUGCAGAUGGGUGGCUCUUCCACUCCACUUUGUUCUGAGAACAGCCCACCCUCUGAGCCCAAGAUCAUCAAAACAGCUGCAAGUGACCCUGCUCCUCCUUCUCCCAGUAGCCCAUCUUUCUUUUGUGUUCAGAAAAACAACCUCCUAAAUAUUGACUCUGUCCCUUGCAGUGGUCCCCAGGAUUCUUUACCUGCUUCUUCGGUUACUGACAAAAUUAUCUGUAGCAGUGAUGAAGGACAUCUAGACAAAGCUGCCCUAGCGGAGAAGUUUUCUGAGACUAGGAAACUUUUUGAAAGGAACACAAAAAAACCAAGCUCAUUGGACAGAUGUACUCCAAGCAAAAGUGAAAGGAUUGAAGAUAGGAGGAGGCAUGGCUCUGCUUCUUCUGACGGUAGUAGUGUGGUUGAUCACUUUAAUUUCAAUACUGAUGUUAGCUCUCAAGUCACCAUAGACAAGGCAGAGUGUCAAGGGAACAGUGAACACAAGGUGCAGCACUCCAGCUCAAGAUUGUCCUCACUGAAUGCUGGACCUAUUUCUAGAAGAUUGGAGAGUUUCCUGGCAGACAGUGACAGUGAAGAGUGUAAAGACACUUCAAAAAAUGAGGGUACUCAAAGUCCAGUCGAGUCGGUGUUCUGCAGUUGGGAAUCGCCAGUGGUUAAGGAAGAGCUGUACUUGAAGCAAAAUCAACCUCUUGCUGCUCCUUCCUAUUUGAGCAGCAGCAGUACUAGUGAAAAGGAUGAACAGAGUAGGGUCACUGAAGAAGCAUCUGGAAGAGAGCAAGCAACCUCUGAGAGGAAUCUGCAGUAUACAAACAAUGUGUCCACAGUAGAUAGAGCUCCAAUAAAAAUCUCUCAGGUAGAAGUAGUUAGAGCUGAAUUGAUAAUGGUGCAGAAUAAAACUUCAGAGAAUGAUGGUGAAAUUGUGGGGGAAGUUAAUGUCUUCCAGAAGGAGAAACCACUCCGAUUUCCAAGCUGGGAAGGUGAAGGAAAUGGCCUCACCUUUGAAGAAAUGGAGAAACUUAGUGGGUGCAGUGAGCCCCAUUCGAAAGGAGUAAAAGAUGUGGCAUAUCUGGAGGAAGUUCAAACAAGAGAGCAUGAUCAUGUACAACAAGUAGGAGAUAGUGAAGAAGAGGAUGAAGAACAAGAACGGCCAGAAAAUUGUGGAUUUUCUUCCAGUGCUUUUGGGAUAGAGAAUGCAGCUUUUGAUGAUGACAGAGAAACAGAGACUUACAGUCAGGGCCCUGAAGGAGAAGAAACCUUGCCAGAGGAGGAAUACAACUAUGAUAGUAAUUAUGAGGAAUUUCCUGGACUUUCUGAAGAAGAAGAUCCCGAUCCAGAUAGAAAAGUGAAGUUUUCCACAGCACCAAUCAAGGUAUUCAAUACUUACUCAAAUGAAGACUAUGAUAGACGUAAUGAAGAGGUUGACCCUGUGUCAGCAUCAGCUGAGUAUGAACUUGAGAAAAGGGUGGAAAAAAUGGAGGUUUUUCCUGUGGAAAUUGAAAAAGGUGACAGUGGUUUAGGUAUCAGUAUUAUUGGAAUGGGUGUUGGUGCAGAUCAGGGACUGGAAAAGCUGGGAAUCUUUGUAAAAACGAUUACUGAAGGUGGAGCUGCUCAGAAAGAUGGUCGAAUCCAAGUAAAUGAUCAAAUUGUUGAAGUUGAUGGUAUAAGUCUUGUUGGAGUAACCCAGUUUUUUGCAGCAACUGUACUAAAAAAUACAAAAGGCACAGUCAGGUUUCUGAUUGGAAGAGAAAAACCAGGAACUCAGAGUGAAGUAGCUCGACUUAUAAGUGAGACAUUGGAGCAGGAGAGAUGUUUGUAUGAGCAUCAAUAUGCCCAUGAUGAUACAGAACAGGAUGAUGACUAUGAUGAAGAUGAAGAUUCUUUUGAAUCACAUUUACAUGGAAAAUCGGUGGAAGUGUUUUAUCUUCCUGAAAAUGAGGAUAUUAAUUUGCCACCAGACAUGGAUUCUACACAGUUUCUGUUGAAGUUUAAAGAGCUACAGUUGAAGCAUGCAGUUACGACAGCUGAAGUUAACCAACUUAAGGAAAAGUUAAAAGCAACAGAAGCUGAAAAGAUUGAAUGGGAAUUAACUAAAUCCCAGCUCCAGGAAACUUUAAGUGAGAACAAAGAAAAAAUAAAGAAGUUGGAGACCUAUUGGUUAGAAGCGCAAAGUUUAUGCAAAACAGUAAAUGAACAUCUUAAGGAAACUCAGGAACAAUAUGAUGCCCUGGAGAAAAAAUACAACAAGGCCAAGAAAUUACUCAAAGAGUAUCAGCAAAAAGAAGUAGAACUCAUGAAAAAGGAAGAGGAUCAUACAAAAAUUAUUGGAGAGAGAGACCAGGAGCAUGUAAAUCAGCUGAAAAUAUUGCAGGAGAAGAUUUCAGAGCUUGAAGAUAAAUUAAAAAUAUAUGAGAGACUCCCAUUUAUGUUUGGAAAUAGCAGUUUAUUAGAAACUGCAACUCCAAGUCCUGAACAACUUACAGAAAACCUUGAAGUAAAAGAUGAUGUUAAGGAAUUUGAGUCUUCAAUAGAGAAAUUGGAUUUUUCUGAUUUUGAUACUUUUGUUGGGGACACACCAAGGUUAGACACCAGUGCACAUAAGGCAAAAGCUCAGCUUGCCUUGAAAGUGAAACGUCAGCCACCUUCUCGGUCAAAGCUGAAAGCAUCUCUUGGGGCUGGACAGAAGGAAAUAAACUUGCUGGAUGUGGAUGAUAAUGAUAAUGAUGAUAAUACAGAGGAAAUAAUCCAGAGCAGAUCUUCAGAAGUGACAGAGAAGAUCAUUUCAUCACAGCAGAGUGAUGUAGAUCAAAGAGAUGAGAAGCAUGAGCAUGCUGAAAGCACUGACAGUUUAUUAGAAUCAAGUCCAUCAACUUCCUUGCACUCUUCUCCAGUAUAUAAACCAAACACAGAAAAUAGUUCUGAAACAACUCAGCCAGCUUCUAAUGAUGAUACAACUCCAAAUUCUCCUUCAGGAUGCAGCAGAAAUGUCAAGCAUAGAGACUCAAAAGGCAAAGGAAGAGUGAACAAAGAUGACAAACGAGGUGAAGAAAAGACUGAAUCAAGUGAAGGUGCCUCUGCGGGCAAGUCCAAAAGGCGUUUCCCAGAUUUUGGGGGCCUAAGAAAAUCUGGUGGUAAAGGGAAGAAGCAAGAAAAAGAAAAUGCAAGGAGUUCGCUAGACAGCCGGGGCUCUCGAGAAUUGCUGGAAGACUCUGUCAACAACUUAUCUGCGUCAGAUUCAGAUUCCCCUAUCCCCACUUGUAUGCCUUUCUCCUGGUUUGGAGACAGCCAUAAAGAGCAUAGUUCUAGUAGCACCCUGAGCUUUUCUCAGGGUGGGCAUGAUGUUGCAUUGGAACAGAGCCAGGAGAAGAACAGAAACAAGAGUAGAAUUGUCAUAGAUGAUUCAUACGAUAGCAAGCCAAGUUGUGAUCUGUCAGGGUUAGUGACAGAGCCAAAUCUUUCAGGGCGUUCACACACUUUAACCUUCUCUUCAAACGAGACUUCAGAUGAUGAACCAUCAACUACAGGGAAACAAAACCAAUGGCACAGUCGGCCCAUUUCUGAAUGGACAACGCAGCAGGUGUGCCAUUGGCUAAUGGGAAUGAAUAUGGAGCAGUACAUUGUGGAAUUCACAGCCAAGUGUAUAGAUGGACAGCAGUUAAUGCUGCUUGACAGUGACAAGUUGAAGGCCCUGGGAGUAUCUAGUCAAAAUGACCGAUCAACAAUAAAGAAGAAAAUUAAAGAUAUUAAAAAAGCACAAGAGAAGCUGGAGAAACAGAAAGAAAAGUUUCAAAAGAAAGAGAAAGAAGUCCGGAGAACUGGCAGAGUGGUAGCCACUGUAGAAUCAAGCUGCUAAAAUUCUUUAAGAUAUCCUAUGCAACUACUUAAUCUGGUGGUCACAAGGGCUAGUGGAACUAUGCCAAGGUAAUGUUUCAAUAUCUUUAUUUUUAUCAGACUCCCUUCAGCUUGAAGAAGUGUCACAAUUGUAUAUUACUGUAUAAUUAUGAAUGGGGGAGGUGGGAAGUGAUAGCUUUUACAAUAUAGGUUUUUUAAUCUCCCAUUUCUACAGUCCUUCCCUGUUUAUAUGAUUCAUCAAAUGAAAUAUUUUCCAUUUUUUUAUAUUUAGAUCGUUAACUUGUACUAAUGAACAGUAAAUUAACUUUGCAUUAAGUAAUGUGUAUAUAUGUAUCACUUAUUCUAGGUCCCUGAAGUGUCUAUCAGAAGUAUAUACAGUACAGUUUUGAUGAAUAGGAUGUGAACAUAAAUUACAGUAUAAUGUUGGGUGGUAUCUGGUAUAGAGAGGCAGUAUCAGGUCAUUAUGUUCUGUUGAAGAGAAGUUUGUUGCCACUAGUGUUGUAUAGAGGAAAAAUUAAGUUUAAAAAAUAGAAAAUUAAUUUAAUCGUAUUUUGACUUAAUGAUGUGUUUAAAAUCCUGUAUUUUCCAGAGUUCAUUUUAAAUUCAAAAUGUAUUGUAGUAAUAUAAUUCAUGACUUGCAUCUUGGCUUUCUUAUUUUCUAAAAUACGGUAACACUAAGUUUCUAAACUGAGUAUGUUGAAGCAGGAUUUCAAAGUUUAUUGAUCAAUUUUAUACACUUUUGUAUGGACUAUGGGGUUUUAUAAUCCAUGUAAGAUCAAAUUGUAAUACUUUCCUACUCAAGAUACUGAGGACCAAAAAUAUAUUUUUACUGAACUUUCAAUGCUAUUGGUCUUCCUAAUACCAGAAUAGGAAUAGCUGGAGGAGGUAUGAAUUGAAGCACUGGGUUUCUGCAGUGUGCAUAAUUACACUGUAGACUACAAAAUGUCUUCCUGUUCUUAAGUUGCAUUUGUUUUCCAGAAUAGUGUCAAACACAAUUGCCAUGUGCUGUUGGGUAACACAUAAUCUGUUGUAGGAAAAAAUACACUACAUUGGAGUGGCACUUUUGAGAAAUGGAAUAAAUUUCAUUCAAAAAAG